CUGUGCCUCAUGCGGCAGGAGUAUUCAGUUUUUGAGAAGUCUUCAAUCGGAAGGUCCUGAAGCAACCAUGGUGGAUGAACUUAUUCACAAGUAUUUCGCAGAGGGCCAUACCUCUGAAAUAAUAUUGGACUUACUGGCAACCAAGCACAACAUUUCAAUGAGUCUCAGCACUUUAAAAAGAAGACUACGAGAUGCAGACCUGACUAAGAGAACUAACUAUACUCCUAUUGCUACUGUACGGGAAGCCAUUUCUGAGGAGCUUCAGGGAUCAGGCAGGCUUUUAGGAUACAGAGCAAUGUGGCAGAUUCUCAAACAAAAGUACUCAUUAACAGUGAGAAGAUGUGAUGUGAUGAACCUAAUGAGAGAACUUGACCCAUCUGGGAUAGAGAACCGUUCUCAGAGAAGAUUUGUCCGAAGAACGUACCACUCAACGGGACCAAAUGAAGUCUGGCAUGUUGAUGGAUAUGACAAACUCAAACCCUUUGGAAUUGCCAUAAGUGGCUGUAUUGAUGGCUUCUCCAGAAAAAUUAUGUGGCUUGCAUGUGGAAAGUCCAACAAUGACCCAAGUGUCAUUGCUCAAAAUUAUAUUAAAUGUGUAGCUGAAUUUGGAGUUUUCCCAAUGCGCCUCUGCACGGACUGUGGCACAGAAAAUGGACUUAUGGCAGCACUCCAUUGUUCUUUGAGAUCAGAGCAGAGCGAUGAACUUGCAGGAACCAGAAGUCACAUGUAUGGCACUUCAACAUCAAACCAGCGCAUUGAAAGCUGGUGGUCAUACUUUCGUAAACAAAGGAUACAAUUUUGGAUAGAUCUGUUUGGUGACUUGAGGGAGAGGCAUCUGUUCAAUGGCAGCUAUGAACACACAAGGUUGCUGCGACACUGCUUUCUGGAUGUGCUACAGAAAGAACUGGAUGAAUACAAGCACCACUGGAACACUCACAUUAUUCGUCCUGUUCGGCAGUCAAAUUGCCCAUCUGGAAGACCAGAGGCAAUGUACUUUUUGCCUCACAGAUUCAAUGGGAUGAACUGUGGAUUCCCAGCAUCCCCACAAACUGUGAGCCAGCUUGAAAGACAUGUGCCAGCACCAGCAGCGCCCGAUGGGGACAGUGACCAGCAUGACUUUGAAGAACUGCAAAGACAGAGUGGUUUGGCACCACCUCUUCAGUGGCAGCCUGCUGUAGAGAACUACAUCACCCUGAAAAACAUGACUGACAUUUAAUCUUAAUUUCACAUUCAGACUAAUUCAGCUACCAAAUGGAGAGAACAUUAUAUUUCCAGACAUAACCCUUUGACAUAUAGGAAAACUACAACUUUUAGAAACAGCUGACAGAACAAAAUGAAGGAAA